CUUUCUGUUCACUGCUUUCUAUUUUAUCCUCAGUGUCCACACUGAGAGGCAGAGGAUUGCUAUUUCUGUGGAGGAGCAGAUGUCCUGCUGUUCUCUGUGUCAGAAUCUCCUGAAAGAUCCAAUCUCCACCAGCUGUGGACAUUGGUUCUGCAGAUGCUGCAUCACUUCAUCCUGGGACCAGUCUGCUCCAUCAGGACUCUGCUCCUGUCCUCAGUGUGGUGAUGUUGGACUGAAGGAACCAUUAGAUGAACAUCAGAUCAGUUUGAGGAGGAGAUGUGAACAUGCAACUGAAGAAUCAGGAAAAGAAAUGCCCCUGAACCGGAUCUACACUGAGCUUUACAUCACAGAGGGACUGAGAGAAGAGGUCCAGACCCAACAUGAGGUGAGGCAGCUGGAGACCUCCUCCAAGACCAGCAGGCGUCAUGAUGCUCCAAUCAGGAACCAGGACAUCCUGAAACCCUUACCUGACCAGCAUGGAUCCAUCAGAUUGGUUCUGACCAGUGGCGUUGCUGGAGCUGGAAAAAGCUUCUCGGUGCAGAAGUUCACUCUGGACUGGGCCGAGGGCUCGGAGAACCAAGACAUCAGUGCUGUGGUUCCUCUGUCCUUCAGGGAGCUGAACUUGAUCAGAGACCAGCAGCACAGUCUUCUCUCUCUGAUCCAGCUGUUCCAUCCAACGUUCCAGAAGAUCCCAGCAGAGCAGCUGUCUGUCUGCAAACUUCUCUUCAUCUUUGACGGUCUGGAUGAAAGCAGACUUUCUCUGGACUUCAGCAACAGUCCGGCGGUGUCUGAUGUCACACAGACGUCCUCAGUCAACGUGCUGCUGAUAAACCUCAUCCAGGGACGUCUGCUGCCCUCAGCUCUGGUCUGGAUCACGUCCAGACCUGCAGCAGCCAAUCAGAUCCCUGCUUCAUGUGUGGACAGACUGACAGAAGUACGAGGCUUCAAUGAUGCUCAGAAGGAGGAGUACUUCAGGAGGAGGUUCCCAGAUGAAGAGCAGUCCAGCAGAAUCAUCUCCCACAUCAAGAGCUCCAGGAGCCUUCACAUCAUGUGUGAGGUUCCAGUCUUCUGCUGGAUCACUGCUGUGGUUCUGGAGAACAUGGUGUCCACAGAGCAGGGAGCAGAGCUGCCCACCACCCUGACUGACAUGUACUCCCACUUCCUGAUGGUCCAGACAAAGAGGAAGAAGAACAAGUACCAGCAGGAACAUCAGACAAGUCCACAAGAGCUGGCAGAGGCGGACAGGGAAGUUCUUCUGAAGCUGGGGGGGCUGGCAUUUGAACAUCUGGAGAAAGGAAACAUCUUGUUCUACCAAGAAGACCUGCAGCAGUGUGGUCUGGACGUCACCGAGGCCUCGGUGUACUCUGGAGUUUGUACUGAGAUCUUCAGAAGAGAGUGUGGAAUCUUCCAGAAAGCGGUCUACAGCUUUGUUCAUCUGAGCGUUCAGGAGUUUCUGGCUGCAGUCUACAUGUUCCACUCUUACUCCAACAAGACCAAUAAACUAGAAACCUUCCUGAGGAAAUCUAGCUUUGGUAAAAAAGAAAAUUCUAAAUUUAACAGCAAUGAUGAUGAUGAAGAUGUAAGUGAGGAUGAUGAUAAAGACGAGUAUGAAAGUGACAACUAUGAUGAAGACAGAUAUGACUAUAGCUAUGAUGAUAAUGAAGAUAGAUAUGACAAUAGCUAUGAUGAUGAAGAUAGAUAUGACAAUAGCUUUGAUGAUGAUGAAGAUAGAUAUGACAAUAGCUAUGAUGAUGAUGAAGAUAGAUAUGACAAUAGCUUUGAUGAUGAUGAAGAUAGAUAUGACAAUAGCUAUGAUGAUGAUGAAGAUAGAUAUGACAAUAGCUAUGACUUUGACUCAGACAUAUGGAAAGGUGGACCUAGAGUCACAAACGAACAUGGAAAUGACUCAAACAUCUCAUCUCUGGAUGAGUUUCUGAGUAGAGUCAUGGAGAAAUCCCUGCAGAGCAAAACUGGACAUCUGGACCUUUGUGUUCGAUUCCUUCAUGGCCUCUCUGUGGAGUCCAACCAGAGGCUCUUAGGGGGUCUGCUGGGUCAGACGGACCAGAGUCCAGAAACCAUCCAGAAAGUCACCAACAAUCUAAAGAAGAUGAACAGUUUCAAAGUGUUUCCUGACAGAAGCAUCAACAUCUUCCACUGUCUGAUGGAGAUGAAAGACCUCUCAGUUUAUCAAGAGAUUCAAAAGUUCCUAAAGUCAGAAAAGCGAUCAGAGGAGGACCUCUCAGAGAUCCACUGCUCCGCUCUGGCCUACAUAAUGCAGAUGUCAGAAGAAGUUUUGAAUGAGCUGGACCUGGACACGUACAACACGUCAGACGAGGGCCGUCGGAGGCUGAUCCCAGCUGUGAGGAACUGUAAAACCUUCAGACUCUCCAACUGUGGACUCUCAGAGAGUGAAUGUGAAGUGGUGGUUUCAGCUCUGAACUCCAACCCGUCUCAUCUGACCGAACUGGACCUGAGUAACAACCAGCUGACAGUUUCAACAGUCAAGGUUCUGUGUGCUGGACUGGAAAGUCCAAACUCCAGACUGCAGAUUCUGAGGUUGGAGAGCUGCAAUUUGUCAGAGAUCAGCUGUGAUGCUCUGGUCUCUGCUCUGAAAUCCAACCCGUCCCACCUGACAGAACUGGACCUGAGUGGGAACAAAGACCUGUAUGAUUCUGGAGUGAAACACUUCUGUGGUCUUCUGGAGAGUCCAGAAUGCAGACUGAAGUCUCUGAGGCUGGACGACUGCGGCUUGUCUAAAGCCGGCUGUGACGCUCUGGUCUCAGCUCUGAGGUCUGCUGGGAACCACCUGACAGAACUGGAUCUGAGAGGGAACAGACUGCAGGACUCAAAUGUUCGGCCGCUCCAGGACCUGAUGAAGAGUCCGGACUGCAACCUGCGCACCCUAAGAUGGAAGUACUGGCACUGAUUGGGUCGUGUGUUCUGACAACCAAAGUUGCAGCUCGUCUGUUCAGGAGGAGCAAAGAGAUGAAGCAGAGGAGGUGAAGAAGACUACGCUGGAGGAAAUGGUUUAUUUCUGGCCAUCAAAGCAAAAAAA